AUGUCGAAGCUUUUCAUUGGCGGUCUUUCCUGGAACACAGACGACAACAGUCUGCGCCAGCGCUUCGAGGAAUUCGGCGUUGUUGAGGAUGCUACUGUUGUCAAGGACCGUGAUACUGGCCGCAGCCGCGGUUUCGGUUUCGUCCGCUACUCCAACGAAGAUGAGGCUACUGCUGCUAUGAACGCCAUGAACAACCAGGAAUUCGACGGUCGCCAAAUCCGUGUUGACAAGGCUACUGAGCGCGCUGCCGGUGGUGGUCGCGGCGGCUUCGGCGGCGGCGGUUACCGUGGUGGCUACGGCGGCGGUGGCUACGGUGGUCAGGGCGGCUACGGCGGCGGCCAGGGCUACGGUGGUGGUCAAGGUGGCUACGGCGGCGGCCAGGGUGGAUACAACGGUGGUUACUAA